GUCAGUUGUCACUAGUCAACGUUCACCACGAGUCUCCUCUUGCUUCAUUUACUUCACAGAUCUACCAUUUUUGUACAAAUCUUCGAGUCGCGGUUGUCGGCUUCGAUUCUUCCAUCGAUCUGGAAUCCUGUUCCAUUGCUAAAUUUUUCUCCAUCUCGUCGAUGCUGAAUCCCUUUUUUAACCCAUGAUCUUUCGAUGAUGCAACCGAGGGUUUCCUCCUCCGACAAUGUCAAGGAGUUGGCGCAGGCGAGAGGAUCCGCUUACCUGCAGCCCCGCGCCUCCCAUCGGUUGUUCCUCAAGAUCAUCCUCCCCGUGCUCGCCCUCGCCGGAGGCUUCUCGGUAUUCGCCAUGUACUUUACCCGCCUGCAGAUUGGGUUCCCGGUGGUCGGCACCGCGUUCCAGCCCUGCGUCGAGGAUACGGGUGGCCUGGAGCAAUGGAUCCGGCCGCCGUCGGACCUGAUGCACUCGAUGAGUGACGAGGAGCUCCUGUGGCGAGCGUCGUGGGUGCCCCAAGUGAAGAGGUACCCGUUCAAGAGGGUUCCCAAGCUCGCUUUUAUGUUCUUGACAAGGGGGCCGCUGCCGCUUUCUCCGCUCUGGGAGAGGUACUUUAGAGGGAACGAAGGUCGUUACUCGGUCUAUCUCCAUACACAGCCAUCUUAUAAGGCCAACUUCACCUCGAACUCGGUUUUCUACCGGAGGCAGAUCCCCAGUAAGGUGUCUGAGUGGGGGCAGAUGAGUAUGUGUGAUGCUGAAAAACGGCUCCUUGCAAAUGCACUACUUGAUUUAUCAAAUGAACGGUUCAUUCUGUUGUCAGAGUCAUGCAUUCCAUUGUCAAAUUUCAACAUUACCUACCAAUACUUGAUGAAAUCAAAGUAUAGCUUCAUUGGAGUGUAUGAUGAUCGAGGACCAUACGGACGAGGCAGGUAUAAUCCAAACAUGGCUCCAGAAGUAAACCUUGAGCAAUGGCGCAAGGGGUCUCAGUGGUUUGAAGUGAAUAGGAAAUUGGCCGUUACCAUAGUCAAGGACACCACUUAUUAUCAGAAGUUUGAAAGGUUCUGCAGGCCACAUUGUUAUGUGGACGAGCAUUACUUCCCCACCAUGCUCACCAUAGAGUCAGCCCAUCGUCUGGCGAACAGAAGCGUCACUUGGGUGGAUUGGUCAAGAGGUGGUGCUCACCCAGCAACCUUCGGCAGGAGUGAUAUAAGCGAAGCCUUUCUCAAGAGAAUUCAUGAUGGGCAGAACUGUUCAUACAAUGACAACCAUUCAUCUCUUUGUUUCCUCUUUGCAAGGAAGUUUGCUCCAAGUUCAGUGGAGCCUCUAUUAGAAUUGGCACCUGCUUUGCUUGGAUUUGGUUUGUGAAUCCGGAUUUCAGGAAUUGUUUAGAAAAACAGUCUUGUGUGAGAUUAACAAGAUAUUUAGUAGGGACUAGGGAGAGAGUCCUGUAACCUAGUGUUGUUUAACAGUCAAUUAGGUCAGUCAUGGUCCAAGCCAGUCGGCCUGGCUCAGCAUGUCUGUUAAGAAACGUGCUCAGCAUGUCUGCUAAGAAACGUGCUGAACCUGGUUGGGUUGCUGCUGGCAUGGCCUGUUUGACUCUUUAGUGUACAACAUGAUUUUGACCUAAACUUAUCCCAAUUUCCGUGCAUGUAUUACAAAUUUGGCAGUAUUCAUGUGAUUUGUGUUUCUUUUCAUGAAACAAAUUUUUCAUUA